UUAGUUUAUUAUGACGAUCCGAAUGAACUAGUAACUAGAUUAAAUCUUCUAACAUCAUCACAAAAUGUUGGUAAUACUGGUGUCAAUAAUGAAAUUAUAUCAAUUUUAGAAGAAUUACGCGAGAGAAAUAUUAUAGUAUAAUGACAAUCUUAACCAGUUUAGCUGAGGAGUUACAUGGACCAGCGAGAAAAAUAUUUCCUAGACGAAGCGUAGUAACACGGUUUAAAGAUGAUCUCUGAUACAUUUACCAAGUAUGUGUGGGUAGAAGCACUAAAAAAUAAAACAGCAAAGGAGUGUACAAAAGGUAUAAUAAAAAUAUUAAAAAAAAAUCAACCAAAAUUAUUACAAACAGAUAACGGAACAGAAUUUUACAAUAAUGAAUUUCAAAGUUCAUGGAAUUGGAUAAAUUCAAUUUUUAAAUUAGUAUAUAAUUAUAAUAAUACAAAACAUUCGACAAUAAAAUGUUCACCACACGAAGCUCGGAUCAACCCGGUUACAAUUAAAAGAAAAACAUUACAAAUUAAUACAUCAAAUAAACUUAAAUUUAAAAUUAAUGACAAAGUAAGAAUAUCUAAGUAUAAACAUAAUUUCAGUAAAGGUUAUACACCAAAUUGGUCAACAGAAGUGUUCACUAUUUCUAAAAUUUUAAAUACAGAUCCAUUAACUUAUCAACUAAAAGAUAGUUCAAAUAAUAUAAUAUUAGGCUGUUUUUAUACACAAGAAUUAAAAAAAACAUUUUUUCCCGACACCUUUCUCAUUGAACGUAUUAUAAAAAAAAAUAAAAACAAAUUAUAUGUUAAAUGGUUAGGUUAA